CCAGCUAAAGCUCAAUGUCCAUGUCUGAGUGUUAAGUUUAGUAACAGUGACAAAAGCUGAACUGAAAACUGCUACCUCAGCCUCAAGCCCUGGUUGGACAGCAUUAAUCUUGCAUCCUGAGUUAUAGUAAUUACAGUCACUUACCCGUGCUAAAGAUCUUUUUCUUUUUUCAAAGUCUCCUUCCACAUUCAGAAUGCCCCUGUUUUUCUUCCUCCACCCCUUUUCACAAAGCCAUGCGUCAUCUGAUAAUUGUAUCCAGUUAGCUCCUUAGUUGGAAAAAACAUUUUGACCUUUUGUUGCCGUUUGGCUGACUUGUCCAUGUAUCCAUAAAAAAUUUAAGUAUCUCAGAAAAUUAUGAAACAGCGGAUGCUUUGGAUGUUUCUUUGAAAUUCAGCUUCUUCACGCUGCCUAUUUCAGGAGUCUUUUAAGAUUAUUACUUGUCGCUUUUAAAAUCUUUUUGAUCCUUAAAAAACUCUUGGCCAAUUUCUGUAACAAAUUGUGCAAUAACAUCCCUGCUGAAAAAAACAUUAGAAGCCCUCAGAGAGUUUGUAAUGGUUUUAAUGGUUAUACUGGGGAUUGUAAUGGUUUUAAUGGAAACUGUAAUGGUCCCUGUGGGUCUCUACUGGUAAUUUGUUGCCUUAUUGGUGGCAUGUUAUGUCGAGUGGAUACCAUUAAGGACAAAUAAUGGUAAUGUUUUAAUGGUCAACAGCUGAUGGUUUGUAAUGGCAUUUGUAGUGGAAACCAUUAGAAUUUCUGUGAUGGUUUCUAUGGUUUUUUUUCAGCAGGGGUAUCUCCAUGUCAGAUAAUAUGAUGAUGAUCCUCUAAUGAUAGAUCUGUGGUUAAAGAAAAUGACUAUGUUGUGCGUAUGCAUGUGCGUGAUCCAGGCUAGUGAAGAAAAUGUUGCAUAAACAGAACCAUUCUUCACAGUGAGCUUGAGAAAAUAAGGGUUUUUUUUUGUCUAGUCAUGUUUCGUUUACGUUUUGCAAAUGCAAGUACUGUAGUCAAGCAUUGUAUUAGCAGUCACACUCUGAGAUUUUAAUAAAAAUGUCUGACACUGCCAGAACUUUGGCAUCAUUGCCGUCUUUGCUUGCAGUGGCAUUGUAUGAACAUAAGAUGUAAUAUACCUAGUUUAAGGCACAAGAUCAAAGCCCUGGUCCUGUACACCCUGUCCUGUACAUUUUAGAGAUUUCCCUGCUCACAUACACCCACUUCAAUCCAGAAAAUGCUGUUAAUUAGCUGAGUAGUUGAAUUAGGAGGGUUGAUAGCGAGGAACACAUUAAAAUGUGCAUAACAGGGGGUCCUCCAGGAAUGGGGUUGGGAACCUGUGCUGUAAGGCAUGAGAAGGAAAGUCAAUCAAAUUUCAUGAUACCACAGGAAAUAAAUGGGCUGUUAUACUGACAGCAGCAUGUGUACUCACUAACUGUGUAUUCUCUUAUGCCAGAAUGUCUUUAAGUAACAUUUGGACAUCUUGGAAACUUUGUGAAUUUAUAGAUUUCCGCUUUAUAGCUUGCAAGAGUUUAAUCACUGAGGAGACAUGCAAGUAUUUAAUACGUUACCCCAAGACACGAGGGCAGGCUGCCAUCCAUACAUGGUGAAGACUCGGAAAUAAAUUUUAAUUACCAAAAUAAUAACCUAAAUGUAUAUUAUUGAGGCUGCACACAGGAAAGACUGUCUACAGUCUGUUUCCCUGGGUGGUGUAAUCUACUGAGCAAACAAAUGUGAAAAACAGGGGAAAAAAACAGAUAGUUGGUUUGUUCCUAUGCUUUUGAUCACAGCUUUAAUAGGGCCACCUGUGAAGUGCUGUGUGCCAGUCCAGACUUCAUUAAGACCAACAGAGAGCCCUGAGAGAGCUUUAGCAAACAAACAUGUGUUAGAUUGAAGGAUCCCGCGGGAUCUAACAAAAAAGUUGCGGGAUCAGGAUGUUUUUACUUUUGUGUGGACGGGAACAGGUGGUCGGAUAUGAAGCUCACAGGACCAAUGUUCAUUAACAUGGGAACGCAUUGGGUGUUUGCGCCUUGCUUCCCAACACGUUUACAGCAUUCAUUCAUUUAUUAGUAACUGCUUUAUCAUGGUUAGUGUCACUGUGGUUUAAAUUAUUAAUUCGUUUUUAUUGUGGGAAACAGAACCAGCUAAGUACAUUUGAAUAUAUUGCUAGCAGGUACAAGCAAAAGUAAUAACUACAGGAGCAGAUAGGUUGCUCAGAAUUUCUUUGGGAGUGAACAGGAUUGAAAUGAAAAAAAAAAAAAACUGUCAUGUGUACACCUCUAAAUUAAGCUUACUUUCAAUGCUUUUACUGUAGCGGUUAAGACUAGGGAGCAUACCUUUUACUGCUAAGCUCUAUGCGUGGGUUGAUAAAAACACCUACCACAUCAAUAAAUGUAAAUGUACUUUCUUCACUGGGAGUUGUGCAAGAUCCCCAGUUUGAUUCCUGGUUCAUCAAAUCAUUGUGAAAUGUAGGUCAAUUUAUAUGAUCUUGACAGACACAUAGUCAGUUUUUUCUGUUGGUUAAACAAGCACACAAGCAUGAUAAGAUAAAAGCGUUACCAGAUAACGUGAAUCUGGAAAUCUACUGAACUGAAUGUCUGAAUUCUUUUAACAGAAGUGCAGUCAAUAGCAGAACCUGUAACCAGAAACCCCAGGGCAGAAAGCACUUGGACAGGAUCUGCAUGGAAGAUUGUAAUGACACAUGCACGGCAGAGGAACUCUUUAUGUAGAUAUCGAAGUGAAUCCAAGGAGCAGGUGAGCUGCCAGAUACAUGCUGAAACCAUGGGCAGAACCUGGCCAGAGUGCCCAGUGCUAGAAAAGAAGACUAAGAGGCAUUCCUAUAAAAGAGGAAGAGAUAAGGGAAUAAAGCAGCAAAGCGCAGAUAGCGACCGGAAGCUGUAUCCCCUCAGAGGACGGCAGGGAAUGAGUGACGUAGGUUCCUUAAACUGCUGUGUUCUACUGACUCGCUUAGAAGAAGGAGGACCUUGUAAGGGCAGCAUGAAAGCUGUGCCUAAGAACAAAGGGAAAAGAAAUAUGAAGGUAAAGAAGGGAAGGACCAAAUCCUGCAAGUGUCGGAAGAAGGGCUGCAAAGCAUGCCAGCCAACGCCUGGACCAAAAAGCAACCCCAAACCUGACAAAACUGCCUUAUACAUGGAACUCCUAGAACCUCGAAAGCGACGGUUGGCCUCUCUUAAUGCGGAAGCAGUCAACAGCCUGUUGUUGUUUAGAGAGGACUCUCAAAUGUCCAAAAAACAGCAGAAUUCUCAAAAGGGUGAUAGUGAACUCCCAAAAGGAGAAACUGACAGUUCAAAAAAAGGACUAGAAGGCCAAAAACGUACACAUACAGGGGAACGAGAAGAGAGUACAAAUCCCAAAAAAACCAAGAAGGCAAAGACAGAGUCUGAACAUCUCGACCAGCUGAAUCUAAACAGUCCAACCCCAAGGCGUCUAGCAGGUUUAAAUGCGGCCGCUCUUCUGAAGCUAACUAGUACCUCAUCUGGAGCUAAACGGCGAGCUAAAACGGACACCAAGCCAGGCGGUGGAGGAGCACGAACAAAACAACUGCAGGGAAAGAUAAAAAAACAACACAGCCCACCAUGCCUGUCCAAGCCGCCAGUAUCUCAACAGUGCUGCAAUCUCUGCAAGAAGGAGGCGCUCAAGACUGACACUUUGUGGGAAGGUACUUCUGGGGGCCAUGACUUCAUCAAACCUGGAUACCAAUGCAGGUCUAUGCUGAGCUACUCAUUGAAGCCUGUGAAAGAGGAGAAAACUGAGACUGAUAUGAAUUCAUGUUACUGCUGUUCCCAGGAGAGAUCUGUGGAGUAUUGUCACCGAUUAGCCCUGUUCCUUGGGCAGAAGGCAUAUCCUGAAUCAGAACAGCAUUCAUUGCCAUCUGUAAAAGGAUUCCUUCCCUCCCCUCACACACUAACCCACCCAGCUUUGACACUAGGUGCUCAUUCUUACCCAUGCUACCCAGGUUACUAUGUCCACAUUGCCCACCAUGGGACAUCCUCACUCCCUGUGAGUACUAGUCCUGGACCCCACACACCACCUUCUGUACCGCCUAUAACACUGUGUCCCACUGGGGUCCAGAGACCCAAACUACUGCCCUCUCCAGUGUCUCACCCUUCAGGAAUUCCUCAUCCAGUGUACUGCAACUCUGUGGGGACGUGUUAUGGAGAACCAUGUAGGAUCAGCGGCUGUGCCUACAGACACACUCAGCCCAUCGCUAACAGGGGCUGCUCAUUCAGUGCCGGAUGCUCCAGCUGCAGCCACAAAAUCAAGAUGGAGGACUACCCCUACCCACUGGACAAGCACAGCCCCUCUAUUUCCAUGCCCCCCACCUUGCCCCUGUCUGUCUGCCCCAUCCCCAGUGUGCCUGCUGCUGCCCAGCCCAUGCCCCACCUGCAGUCUCCUCUGCCGGACACUGGGCGUCCUCAGGUCCAGUUACACGUAGGCCGAGAGUGCCCUCAGAGUGCCAAGCCACCCAGCAGCUCGCGCUCUGCGAUACGGGACACAGCUGUCUGCCCCCAUGUGAAGGAGGGCCAGCUGGGAGCCAGCCACGGCAGUCAAAGCACCAAACAGGCCAAGAUCAGUCGGCGGCGGGCCACCAACGGCUGGCUGCCUGUGGGCACAGCCGCUGAAAAGGAGGUAUUCAUAGUGGGUGAGGAGUCGCCAGCACUGCGCAGGUGCUAUGAAGGAGUGCAGAGAGACGGAGAAGUAAUCAGGGUGCGAGACACUGUGCUGCUGCGUUCUGGCCCCCGGAAGAAAUCCCUCCCCUAUGUGGCUAAAGUGUCUGCCUUCUGGGAGGACCCUGAGUCAGGGGAGCUGAUGAUGAGCCUGUUUUGGUAUUACCGUCCAGAGCACACUCAGGGGGGCCGCAAUCCCAGCAUGCACUGUGAGAACGAGAUUUUUGCAUCCCGGCAUCAGGACGAGAACAGUGUUGCGUGCAUUGAGGAUAAGUGCUACGUCUUGACAUUAGCACAAUAUUGCAGAUUUUGUGCCUUGGUGAAGCGUCGCGAGGAGGGUCGUCCCAAAAGUGCCCCCCUGGUCCCUCCGGCUCGCAACUACACCAUUCCAGCUCAUCGCAGUGUGCCCGCUGACAUCGACCCUGACCUGGUGUUUGUCUGUCGCCAUGUUUACGACUUCCGCUAUGGCCGCCUUCUGAAGAAUCUGCAGUAGCGGUAGUAGUAAAAAUGUUUGCUAUCGUGGAGCCAUACACUGAAAAACAGAGUCCAUAAGGUGAAGACACAAUCAAUAUCCUAUUCAAAGGAAUUCCUGAAAGGCCACAGGACUGUCAAAAGUUAGGCUGCUCUUUCCAGACUCCAUACUUGUACAAGCUAAAACAUAUUUAGUUUGGUGAUUUAGCACAACUUGGGACAGAUCUGAUGGCCAAUAUGUGAUCUGUAACUCCAUGAAAUUGCUUAUAUAUAUUUAUUUGGCUUGUCGAUAGUUCUAUUUUAUACUCGCUGGAUUUGUGUGUGGAAGAAAAAAUAUCAAAGUUGUAGGUACAUUAGGGGUACCUUAAAUUAUGAAUUAGACUAUAAAUGUGCCCAUAUUGGCUGUAGAGUUAUUUAUUUAUAGAUAUAUGGUGGAAAUAUUUAUUUUUAAAGCAAUUAAAAAUGAGUUCCCUAGUUAAGUAGACAAGACCAAGAGUACUUGCUCUUCCCCAAAUCAACUCUUAACCAAUCAUACACCAAUUUGUCAUACCAUGCAGGACCAUAGAUGUAUUCUGGUGGACCAAAUACCCCAGAGUUCCUCAUCUAGCAGUUGGCUAAUUUUACUCUAGAUUGACCAAUUAGAGAUUUCUUUAAUGAACUCUCAUCCUACUAUAGCUCGUGAGGACUUGCCUUACACCUUAGAAAGUGAGUGUUCCGCCUCCCCUCCUCACAUCCUGCCUUCCCAGCAAACCAAAGCUUUCACACGGCGCCGCUACAUAUGAGCCCCCUCCCUCUGGCCAUCAUAAGUUUGCACUAAUCUAUCAUUCAGCGAAUCAGGAGUUUGAUUCAGUCUGAAACUUUCACCUGCUACUGACUUUAAAUGGAGGAAAAAUACUGUGUAUUUGUUGUAUGUGUAAAUACAGAACAGAGAGAAUUAAUGUCUCCAAUUCUACAAACCGAGGGUGGUUAUCUGUUCCAUUUCCAAGCGUGUGAAUAGAAAAGUAUUGCCUUGCACACACACUUCUGCUUUCAAUAGGUGCCAUUGGUUUUCCCCCAGCGUUACCUUUAGAUACGCUUGUUUCAUAUAUGAGAUCAGUAUGAAAAAAGCUAUUUCAUAUGGUCUUUUUGUGCCUUUAAUAGUAAUAGGUAGUCUGCUAUGAAAAGAAUCAACAGGAGGUUUUCAUCCUCCCAUUCAUGGCUCUUUUGCUUCCUUUACCCAGCUUGGUUUGUAUCAUGCAGCAGUUUGUGCUAAAAAAAAGCCAUUCCUUAUGAGUCUCAUUGCACUAUAGUGACCCUCACUCUCUCCUGCUGAGAUAGAAAAGAAAAAGGGAAAAAAUUGACCUCAAGGUCAAUUCAGGAAGAAUAGAAAGGCCAGAAAAAUACAAGCUGCAACAUUUUCCAGGCAGCACUAUCACCUGGGUGCAUUGGACCACUGAACUGGAAUAAGCCCUUCCAUUUUUGUGAAGAGGAAAGCAUGAUGUAAGACUGUCUUUUCUUCUACUGAAUCAAGUAACAACAAAAGUUUGACAAAGCGUGAUUUCCUGCUGUUAGGAAAAGGCUGCUAAGACUUUUUGAGCUAAUUCACUCCACUCCGCGUAGGUGAAACACGUAUCUGAAAAUCAAUGCAGAGUAUAAGGCAGCUGGAACUGAGAGUAACAGUUUUCCAAAAAAAAAAAAAAAAAAAACCAUGCCUUUUUCCUUCUCAUGUAAGGCCUUGAUGCGGUGAACAAGCAUAUACUUGUUAUGGUUUCAUUCAUAACACAAAUGUGCUUCAGUGCUAAUGUACACCAAGUUUUUCAUUAACUAUCCAUUCCUCUUACUAUUAAAAAAAACCUGAGUGUAUAUCAGUCACACGUGUAUUGUUGUGAUAGCUAGAAAUGUGAUUUCUGUACUAGUUUAGUAUGCAGAUGACACCAGUCAGUGCAUAAGAUACCCAUGUUUGACAGUAUUGGCCAAAAUGUACAGCAUGAAAGAAUGCAUAUCACUUCCUUUCAGUUUUUCAUCUACCAUUUCUUUGUAGUGAGAAAUGCUUUUUUUUUUUUUUUUUUUUUUAAUUAUUAUUUAGAGAAACAGCAAUUGGACAAUAAAAUGUCUUGUUGUAGGUAGCACAACUGACAGAUACUGUUGGUUUGGAAUAUAAGUUUAUAGUGCUAGUAGAGAUGAAGGGGUCAUUGAAUGAAGUCUUUGUAUAGUGUGUAUACAGUCCCCUCAGUCCAUACAGCGCUUUCUAAAUCUUGGUUCUGGUGUCUUGUUUUCAGCUGCAUUACAACCACAUUUUCUUGAUAGUGUUUAUUACAAUAUUUUACUUUUUACGGUUAGCUAAGAAGGUACUAGUGUUCAUUUAAAAUUAUGAAUAAAAAAAAACUUAAAACAGCUUUUCAUAUCCAAACAUGACUGUAUGGAGAUGAGACUAAUAGUUUGCAAUGACUGCAGAUAUAAAAAUUGAUAAAGAAAUAUACUCUGUAUGCGAACACUAGAGAUUAAUGAUGUAUACAAGGUGCGGUUGUACAUUCUUUCGACAUUUUGCUCACUUGCCCUUCAUGUAAUGACCACGAGGAUUAGCAUGUAGUGAACAAAGUCAUGACAUGGUAUUGAGUGUCCAUGCAAGAACAAUUUGGCUUAAAGUACAUCACAGCACUAUAAUAUGUAAAACCGUUAGAAAUCAGUCAUUUUAUAUGAUCCAGCGUCAUUACAGCAUACACUGAUACACAGGCUUUUCAUAGAAAAUGAGUAAUUUUUUUUUUUCAUUACGUUGCAGCAUUGUAAACAUUAUUUAAAAGUCUUACAUAGCAAGUACUGAGUAUUUUUGCUCUUCCUUCAGCAUUGUGAAUUGUCAUUGCUUUAGUAGAAAGUUCUGGAUGAAAAAGUAGAGAGUUGUGUUCCAAAACGGUCCUAGAGGAAGUGGGAGGUUAAUUCUAAGAUGUACAAAACUCACCAAGCGCUUUGCUCCUUCGGUGAUGUGAGUGUGUGGGUGUAUGUGUGUAUACAGAUAUAUAUUUCAAUGCAGCAUGGAAGUACUGGGCAUUCUUGGAAAUUAGUCCUAGCACAGCGCAUUUGUAUUAUUUAAGAUAAAAAAAAAUGUAUAAGAGGAAAAUAUUUAAAUGGAAUAAAUAAUAUAUGAGUUUCA